AAGCAGGUCGUUCAGGUAGAUAUGACAGAAUUGUCUGUAGUUGUCAAUGCGAUUCUGUCUAUAGUUGGAUACUUUAUUUGUGGUAGUCUGAUAAAGGAGUAUAUCCCUAUAUUUAUACAGAGAAAAAUGUAUGGAAACGACCAAUGUAAGAAAAGCGACGAUCCCAUCCCAGAGCCAAUGGGUGUAAUUUGUGCCGCUGCUUACCUUAUCAUCAUGUUCUUGUUUAUUCCGUUUCCAUUUGCUGAGUGGCUUGGAAGCGAAACUGAGUUUCCAUACUCGAAGUUGUUGGCGUUUUUGUCUGGAUUGAUCUCUAUCUGCACUGCGAUUCUGCUAGGAUUUGCUGAUGAUGUUCUUGAUCUGAGAUGGCGUCACAAAUUAGCGUUUCCGACCCUGUCUUCAUUACCACUGCUCAUGGUGUACUAUGUGUCAGGAGGGUCUACAACAGUCGUUAUUCCUUCAACAAUGGUGCGGGCUGUGCUUGCUCCAUUUGUACCUUCAUGGGUCUCUCAAAGCAUUCCUGCUACAAUCAAUAUCCAUCAUCUUUACUAUGUUUUCAUGUGCAUGGUCGUGGUUUUCUGCACAAAUGCGAUCAAUAUUUUGGCCGGUGUAAAUGGUCUCGAAAGCGGGCAAGCUCUGGUGAUAGGUGCAAGCGUUGUACUUUUCAACUUGAUACAGGUUACGCGUGUAGAAGAACAGUAUUGGGACCAUUUACUGUCACUUUAUUUUCUGAUACCCUUUUUAACGUGUACAUUGGCGCUCUAUCAAUUCAAUAAAUAUCCAGCACGAGUUUUUGUUGGUGAUACAUUUUGUUAUUGGGCAGGAAUGACUCUAGCCGUCGUAUCAAUUCUUGGUCAUUUUAGCAAAACCAUGAUACUGUUUCUUAUUCCACAGGUGUUCAAUUUUCUAUACUCUUUACCACAACUCUUCAAGCUUGUGCCAUGCCCCCGACAUCGCUUGCCGAAGUUCAAUCCGGAAACGAAUAAGGUUGGCAUGAGUAUGGCUGAGUUCAAAGAAUCGGAUCUCAGAUUUCUCGGAAAUUUUACUCUCAAACUGUUCUCCGCAUUUGGUCUACUCCAUAGCAGAAGUUUUGAUAGAGAUGGGACGAGAUGGCGUGAAAUCAACAACCUGACUCUGCUGAACUUGGUACUGAAGUUUGCUGGACCUUUGCAUGAAAAGACUCUCACAAAAGCCCUUCUUCUCAUCCAGCCACAUGCACUCACUACUCCAGCAACGAGAAAUAAAUCUGAUUUCUUGAGUUCUAAAAAAACACUUUGUCAUUCAGAGAAGCUGUUUCAUAGCUACGCAGAAAAUGGCUCUACCCUUACAAAGGACGAGGCUGCUGCGGCAUUAGCUGAACUGCCCGAGGAAAACAGACUACUCAGGCACUUCAGCCAAGAAUUUGAUGAGCACGCAAAUGAAGGGCACAUUACGUUCACAGGUAGGAAAAAUCUAUAA